AUGCAUGACAAAGAAAAUUUAUCGGAUGUUAGUAAAUUAGUAAGUGACAUAAAACACAAAAAUAUACUCAGCUCAUUAGAUAUUGCCCUAAGAAGUGAGGAUUUACUAAAAGAACUAAUUUCUCAGGGACAAUGGAAAAGUGCAAGGGAGCUCAUGAAUCUGGUCAAAAUACGCAUACAGUACAUCAAAGAAAACUUGCCACAUGAGGCAACUGCAGCAAAUGUUAUGAGACAUGUUUUGAAAGUUAUUAGAGAGGAGUAUGAAUGUGAAUCAAAGAGGAAAGUAGAGGGUCAAUCAUUGCAUCAGUUAGUCACUGCUCAUCCUGCAGAUGUACUGGACUACUCAGAAUCAUUAAUAAAUCUGAAAACAAGCCUGAUAGAUCAUCUCACUGAAUAUAAAGUGGAGUUGGAAUCAAGUGGUGAAAAUAUUGCUGCACAAGCUUCUGAGCAUAUUCACAUGGAUGAGAUAAUUCUUACUGUUGGCAAAUCAGACACUGUUGAGAAAUUUCUCAAGUCAGCUGCCAAAGUGAGAGCAUUCAAAGUUGUUGUUGUAGAAGCUGCACCUCUAUACUAUGGUCAUAAAAUGGCAGUAAGCUUGGCUAAGAGCAACAUACAAACCACAGUCAUAUCAGAUGCAGCAGUAUUUGCAAUGAUGUCCAGAGUGAAUAAAGUCAUUAUUGGUACUCACACUGUAUUAGCAAAUGGAGGACUGAGAGCAGCAAGUGGCAUACAUGCUGUGGCUUUAGCUGCCAAACAUUAUUCAGUGCCUGUUAUGGUUCUCUCACACAUGUACAAAUUCACUCCCCUCUAUGUGGGUUCUCAUAAUCAAGAAGCUUUCAAUAUAUGUGCCUCACCUGCCAAUGUGAUUCCUUAUUCUGCUGGCAAAAUACUCAACAGCAUCCAGGUUUUCAACCCUGUCUUUGACUAUGUGCCACCUGAGCUAGUGACACUCUUGAUCUCACAUCAGGGUGGUAAUGCUCCAUCAUAUGUCUACAGGUUAUUAUCAGAACUGUAUCAUCAGGAUGACUAUGAUAUUUGA